ACGUCUCUAAAGUUUUCACCAGAAGACAAUACAAAUGACAGAGAUAUUAUAAAACCUACUCCGUGACGACACCGCUCAGUUGACACUAGUGUACUAGACGACGAUGAGAGCCAUAACCAUAAUUUGCCUUAUAAGUGUGUCAUCUGGGGGUGACAUCAGCGGAGAUGUAGACGUCAAGCAUGAAGAACAAAAUACAACCACGUUGUAUCCAAUCCAAGCCCUUCCUAAUGAUCUAAAGUAUGGAGAACCACACGUUUAUAAUAAUAGCGAGACACGAGAGGAAGGUCCCGAAACUAGAGCUACUUCAAGCUCAGAUAAUUGUUUUCAUAACAAGGAAUUCAUGGAACCAAGUAAUACAAACAAUGAUAAGACUGUUAAGAAAUUAAAUGACAGCAAAGAUGACGGAAACGAUGAAGUUAUCUCGAAUAAAGAAGAAAACAAACAAGCAACAAAUAAAGAAAGAACAUCGUGGAAAAUCAACGCGACCUACGCUCCAUCUUCUAAAGAUGAAGAAAGCUACCAAACUAAGGAGGUGCUGAAAGACUUCAAGCCCAGUCCCCACCUCGGAAGUUUUUAUGAUGGAGACAGUCUCUUCUCACCUCCUCAGCCGAUUAAAGACUCGUUUAAACCUUACUCGCCUCCACAUUUUACAAGUUUUGAAAAAGAUUUCUAUAGACUUAAUUACAAAGCUCCGCUGGACUCGUACCGAAGACCAGUAGACAACCCGUAUCCAUAUGAAGACGUGCUGCCGAGAACCGAAGAUAUGAAGUUUGACACUGGUCUGGAGCCCAAACCGACCGUGCAGGCGCCGGUGAGAGUACCAGCCGGAGGGUUGUAUAAACUCCCGGAUGCUUUCCAACGGACACCCAGCUCUGACAGCGGCAACCAAGACUACGGGCUCCAGUUUAAAGAACAUAAAGACACCUCCGUUAAGAAUCGGGUGAAUCCCUGGAAAGGUCUGCUGCACUUGGUGACGUCUCUUCUGCCAGUUGGACUCAUAGUGUCGGCUCUCACCCCCCAAGUCAUCAAACUGGAAACUACGGCCAGCAGUCCACGCUUCCGCGGCCGCAUCUCUCGUCACUCGGAGGACGUGUCAUCUCUCCCCCACAUCAGCGAUGGCUGUAAGAGACGGCUCCUGUGUGAAAUCCAUUCUGAUCAGGAGUACAUGAGCUUCACCCUAGCUAUGUGGACCGCAGACCAUGCUACAAGAUCCGCUGUGAGGAUCCUCGCUCCAUGGACCGGCUGCUGCGCUGGUUACUGGACCACCACAGACCCGGCUACCAGCCUGGCGACCACGACCGCCGAGGUUACAUUAUAACAUGAAGAUAGCACAAUCAAUUAAUAUAUUAAUUUCACAAA